AUGAGUACGCUACGCCCCAUUCGUGCCUCCAACGCCACUGAAAUGACGAUCAACUACCGCCGGAACAUUGAACCCGCCCACACCACGGCUAAGACUAGCCGAAGUCUAGCGAAAACCACCGAAGACAGGGACCUGCAAAUAGACCCGCAUAACGUCUUGUCUUCAAAGACCAAUUUUAAGAACGGCAAAUCUAGACCGAGCUUGGAAUCGUCUCCUAUUGACUCGAAGCUGGAUUACGAUUCUGGCGAAGACGAGAUCGAUUUUGAUGACUGUGACCCGACGCCGAGGGAAAAGUACGGUGAUCCGGUGAUCCGUGUCUACCAUCGCGCUUGCAAGAAGCUGGGUACCAUAUGCAUGAAGUCCAUUCAGAGCGCCUUACUUAACGAAAAAUUCUCGUGCAAGUAUGUGCUGCUUAAACCGAAUGACCUCAAAGCAGCGUGCUAUGCGCUCCUGGAUAACAGAUUUGUAGAGCAAAUUGACUUCGAACAAAAUGCGCUUGAAUAUGUUCCGAUAGACGAUAUAGGUGAUGUCAUAGCGGAUAGCACGUUUCUCACGCAUGUUCGUAUAGCCAGCAAUGGCUUGAAAUCGGAAGGGGCCGAAAUCGUUUGCAAAGCUGUCCAGGAAAACAAGCGCAUCGUUUCCCUGGAUUUAUCUGACAACGGUUUCUUUGAUAGCGAUGGGAAAUUUUUUGAAAAGCUUCUGGAUAAUUCAACCACGCUGAAAGAACUGUAUCUAUCAAAAAAUAAUCUAAUGGAUCUUGGCGUCCAAGCUUUAUCCAGAGGGCUUGAAGACAGCGCCACGUUGCGUGUAUUAGACCUUUCUUGGAACCACAUCCGUCUGAAAGGAGCCAUUGCCAUAGGGUGUGCACUGGCCAAAAAUAGUUCGUUAAAAGUCCUGAACCUGGCGUGGAAUGGCCUGCAUUCGCAGGGCGCUGAAAGCAUAAGCAUGGCGCUGUCCAAAAACGAAACCCUGGAGGAUUUGGAUUUAACUUGCAACAGACUGAACGAACAAUGUAUUUCAAAUAUUCUCACCGGCCUUGAACAAAAUAAAACACUCUCAACGUUACGGAUCGCCUUAAAUAACGUGACUUGUACUGGCGCCGAGGGUAUUCUGAAGCAGAUUUUGAAAAACAAGAAGUCGGCACUGAAAAUGUUAGACAUGGGGAAACAGGAGGUCCAUGAUACGUUUAUGCCGUUACACGCAGAGCUAAAGGAGCAGCGGGGAAUCAACGUAAUUUACGGCAUUGUUUGGCACACCCGUCGGCAAUCCCUGGCAUCUCAAACCGCCGACGACGACGAGUUACUGCUGUUUACUUGCGAUCCUUUGACUGUUUUGAUGGAAUGCAUGCGUUUACAGAACCUCCGACUCAUCGACUUUUUCAAAGCCUUGGACGUGAACAAGAGUAACCAUAUUUGCAUAUCCGAGCUUGUGAAUGGGUUGCUGAAAGUUGGCGUGCCCAUAGGACCGGACACAUUGCUCCGCCUUUUCCGCAAGCUAGACAAGAAUGAAAACCAGAUGCUCGACUACAAAGAAAUGGUUGAGGCCCAGAACAAACAUCGACAAAAUGUGCGACAGGCGCUUCAAGAAAACGUGGAUUUUGAAAAGACCGAUAUUGGCAAAACAUCUGUUAUUCUCAGAAAGGUCAUGGCAAAUCAUUACAUCAUGAAAUCUGAGGCAAACGACGUAUGGAGCCCAAGCGUCGGGUCCAGUUAAAACGUUUAUGGUGAAAGACGCCUGACUGCUAUAACCAACCGACAGUCAUUAGCUUCCUGUCGGAGAGCUUGUGCCGCGUGUACGUUUGCAAUAUGAAUUGGUUUUGAUUUUCAAUAACAUAGCGUUCUUUUUUUCCAUGGAGACGGUCCAUAUGUUCAUUUUUUUAUCGAUCAUAACACCUUAUUCAUACAGCAAUUUAAAGUGCAAUUGUAUCGUCGUCUUAGCGGUAAGUGACAGAAAUAAUAUGGUGUGUACA